AUGGAUGCAGCAAUGUCAAGUGGCGUAGAAGCCACCGCCAGAAUCGUCCAUCGCGCCACCCCCAAUCCUCCAACGUCUGCAGGGAGCCACACGGACGCCGACACCGAGGGCAGCUCCAACGACACAAGGGAGGACACCGAGAAUCUCAAGAAGGCACUUCUCAGGAAGUAUCGCCAUACGGUAGCCGUGCAUUCUCAGGUUAGGCCUUCAACCCUGAGCCAUGAUGCCCCUCAGACGCCGAGCUUUAUCGGGUUCAGAAACCUCGGGCUUAUCGUGCUCAUCGCGGGAAACCUUCGAUUGUUGAUCGAGAACAUACAGAAGUAUGGUGUACUCAUCUGCAUAAGGUGCCAUGACUUCCGCAGACAAGAUGUCAAAGUCGGCCUGGUGCUCUACACCCUGGUGCCGUGCUGCCUGAUGCUCGCGUACCUGAUCGAGCUCUUCGCCGCGUACGAGGCGCGCACCUCCCGUCUGAAAACAUUUAACAGCAAGAAGAACGGGAGCUCGUCGCCCACCCUGGAGGAGCAGGCGCGCUUCCGGAGCACCUGGUACUUAAUCAUGGGCCUGCACUUCGCCAACAUCUCCACCGCGCUCGUCAUCACCUCGCUGGUGGUCUACUAUUACGUGAACCACCCGCUCAUCGGCACCAUCGUGGAGAUGCACGCCAUCAUCGUCUGGCUCAAGACGGCCUCCUACGCGCUGACGAAUAGGGACUUCAGGCACGCGUACCUGCACCCCCAGACCGGCGAGCGCGAGGCCAUCCCCGAGCUAUACGAGUCUUGCAAGUACCCGGAGAACAUCACGUUUGGUAAUCUGUGUUACUUCUGGUGGGCUCCGACGCUCGUGUACCAGCCCGUCUAUCCUCGCAACGACAAGAUCAGGUGGCUCUUCGUGCUCAAGCGCUCGGCAGAGGUGCUGGGCCUGUGUGUGGCGAUGUGGAUACUUAGUGCGCAGUACGCGGCGCCCACACUUCAGAAUUCGUUGACGACGUUGAGGAACAGGGACGUGGCUGGGGCGGCGGAGAGGUUACUGAAACUGUCGACAAUCUCCCUCGUGAUAUGGCUGGCGGGGUUUUUUGCCUUGUUUCAGUCCUUCCUCAACGCGCUGGCGGAAGUCAUGAGAUUCGGGGACCGAUCCUUUUAUGACGAUUUUGUCUUUACGAUAUCGGCGUUCCUGCACGAGUUGGCCGUCGGGAUCCCCACGCAUAGAAUCAUCGGUGUUGCCUUCGCGGGGAUGCUGUUGCAGCUUCCUCUCGUUGCCAUUACCAAAUCCUUCGAGAAGUCGGAGAACCCGACAAAGAGGAUGAUAGGAAACUGCAUCUUUUGGGUCACUUUCUCGAUAUUUGGGCAGCCCGCCGCCGCACUUCUCUAUUUCUAUGCUUGGCAAAUCAAGUACGGGAGCAUUAGCGAUAAGUGGAGAUACGGCAGGACGUAG